AACAGAUUCUAUUUCAAUGAAUUUGAUUGGCCGAUUUUGAAAUAUGUAACUUGCGGCGCUGAACUACAAAAGUGCUACAGUUGUGUUCAACCGAGAGGCGCGAAAGACGUCCUAGUUUUCGAUUUCUCGUGGAAAAAUUCCUUCUUUUAUCGUGUUAUGAGAGGUUUAUGAGCACAUAGACAAGCCACAAUGUCAGAUCAAGAUACCCAGGAGAUCCCACUGUCGGAUGGGGAGGAGGAUCUGUUGGAAGAUCCUGGACUCGAAGAUACAGUUUCAGAUGAAAUUAUUCGCAAGGACCUCCUAUCAGAUUUUGCCACACCUGCCAAAGUCCCAACUGGGCGCAGCAGCAUCGACCAUGGCACUGAGCACAUGAAGGUUUAUCUCAGAAUCAGGCCCCUGGCAGAGGAAGAGAAGGAACAUGGAGAAGAACAGGGCUGUAUGCAUAUAGACAAUGAGAACACCUUGGUGACCAUGGCACCCAAGGAUUCCUUCAUGUACAAGAGCAGCACCAGGGGGUUUGGUGACAUCAUGCACAAGUUCGGCUUCUCUCGCAUCUUCAAUGAAGAUACCUGCCAGAAGGACUUCUUUGAUAACUCCAUGUUGGGGAUGGUGAAGGACUUUGUGGGAGGACAGAACUGCCUGGUGUUUACGUAUGGGGUCACCAACUCUGGCAAGACUUACACCAUACAAGGAAAUGCCAAAGAUGGGGGUAUACUUCCACGUACCCUGGAUGUGGUCUUCAACAGUAUUGCAGAGAAGAAGUGGGAGGGGGGCAUAACCCUGAAGCCUAAGUGCUUCUCCGAUGUGGUCAAACUCGACGAGAGAGGUGUGCGUCAGCAAGAAGCUAUCAAGGCAGCUGUGCUAAAGAUGGCAGAAAAACAGGAGCUAGAGGGAGCCAGCGGAGCAGACUUGACCAAUAUCUCCAAGGUGUCCACCAUGACAGAAGACUCCUUGUGUAGCCAGUCCUCCCAGAAAUCUGACACAAUGGAGGACUCUGAUGGAAUUGAUGUCCUUGCAGAGGUAGAGUCUCGUGUGGCUGAUGAGACAUCGGUCAGUGUGGAUGCCCAGGGGCCUGUCAAGUUUUCCAUCUGGGUCUCAUUUGCUGAGAUCUACAAUGAGUAUAUCUAUGACCUGCUGGAGGCCUACCCACAGGGAAAGAAUAAGCGCAGGCCGACCUUGAAACUUUCUGAGGACAAACAUGGCAGUAUAUACAUAAAAGGUCUGAGAGAGAUCAUGGUGACCAGUGCAGAUGAGGCAUACAAGAUCCUGACCAUUGGGCAGAAGAACCUGCACAUUGCUGCCACCAAGAUGAACCACUGCUCCAGCAGAAGCCAUUGUAUCUUCAGUAUCAAGAUCCUGAGAGUUGUAGACGUUGAUGACCCACAUGUGGCCAGGAUGAGCAUGUUGUCCUUCUGUGACCUGGCUGGAUCAGAGCGGUACACUAAAACACAGAGCACCGGAGAUCGACUCCGAGAGGCAGGAAACAUCAACACCUCCAUCCUCACCCUCGGCAAGUGUAUCAAGAACCUGAGGUGGAACCAGCAUCACAGGGACAACCCAAAGAUCAUUCCGUUCCGUGAGAGCAAGCUGACACGACUGUUUCAGAGUUUCUUCCUGGGGCACGGCAAGGCCUGCAUGAUUGUGAAUGUGAACAAGUGUGCCUCCAUGUUUGAUGAAACGUACCAUGUCCUGAAGUUCUCCGCAGUUGCUAAGCAGAUUGUGACCAGAAUCUCCAAGGUGGACAGGUGGAACUCGUCUUUCCCUCGCCCAGCACCACCUCGGAAUGUGUCUCUUGCACUCAACACCUCGGCCACGCCCAGAAGUCGUGCUACUGUUGGUUGGGCAGCCAACGCAGUACGAGCGUCCACAGUGGUGGAACAGGAUGUCAUUGAGGAGGAGGAGGAGGAAGAUGAUGAUGACGAUGAUGAUGAUGCAGAGACAACAUACACGGAUUUGGCAUCUCUGGUAGAGAAACUCCAACAGGAGCUUGUAGAGGAGAGGAAGGAGAAGGUCCUGAUGGAGGUCCGCAUCCGGGAGGAAGUGUGUGAGGAAAUGGCCAAGUCUCUGGUGGAGAUAGAGAACGACUACAGUGAACGACUGCAGCAACAGCAGCAGAACAUUGAGGAGAAGUGGGAGAAGAGGAUUGAGAUGUACAGCCAGAGCAUCAAGAAGUCCCGGAAGCGAGCCCGGGUGGACAGGGUGCAGGAUGAGGAGGAGGAGUGGGUCUCCAGCGUGCUACUUCAUGCAGAGCAAGUCAAGGUCAAGGAAAGGGAUGAACAGAUCAAGGAUCUGACAAUCCAAAUCACCUCCAUGAAUGAAAACCUAAAGAUUGCAAACGACAACCUUGACUUCAAACGUCUGGAACUCCAACGCCGGGACGACCAGCACAAACAGGAGAUGAUCCGGCUCAAGGAGUCACUACAGAAGGCAGAAAAGUCUGCAUCAAAACAGGGAUCAUCCAGUAGCUCUGUAGACAUGGAUCUACAGACAGAGCUGAGUGAGGCCCUGAAAACAAUCAAGGAACAAGAAAAGGAGAUAGCAGACCUCCAGGAAACACUGAAGGAAGCAGGGGAAACCUUCUUUGAGAAGAAUGACGAAAUUGAGAAACUUAAGUCAGCCAUAGCUGAGGAUGAAGAGAAGAUGAAGUCACAGAAUGCGACCAUCACAGACCUGCAGCAGCUGGUUGAGGAACUCCGUACUUUGGUCGACCAGACCAAGGCCACCAUUGCUGAGAAGGAAGAGAAGAUCGCUGACCUUGCUAAGCAAAUCCAAGACCAGAAAGACAUGAUGGACCAGAAGAUAGAAGCCCUACAGCAAGACCUGUCUCUCCUGUCAUCAGAGAGAAACGAAGCCAUCAACAAGGCAGACAAACAACAAAAUGAAAUCCAGGAACUAGUAGAAAAGGUUCAGUCCCAGACAGCUCUGCUUAAUGCCACCGCUACAGACGAAGAGGAAGAGAGUCAGAUGCUGCGUCAGAAACUGUCUGAACUGGAGAAUUCUCUCAAGGAGGCAAGAACAAAGUCAGACUCCUACCAAGAAAAGGUAGAGGAGUUAUCUAAGACAAAGGAAGAGCUUUUGUUGACACAGCAAAAAGUUACAGAACUAGAAGAACGUCUCAGUGAGGCCCAAACCACCUCAGAGUCUAGUCAAGUCAAAACUGAUGAACUGUCUAGUAAGCAAGAAGAAGUCCUGACUCUAAAAAAGAAAGUUGAAGAAUUGGAGGGCAGCCUGAAAGAGGCAACCUCAAGUGAAGAUUCCAACAAGGAAAUGAUGGCCAAGCAAGAUGAGGAUCUCCUCUCCUUGAAGCAGAAGAUUCUAGACCUUGAGCAGGCUGCAAAAGACUCCACAGCAGAAACAGAGCAGUACAAGGAAAAAGCUGAGAAAUACGAGAAGACAGUGGAAGACUACAAAACGGCCUUGAGUGAUCAUGAAUCUUUUGUGGAAAAUCUGAACAAAGAAGUGAAGGAACUGAAGUCUGAGCUUGAGGAAGAAGUCAAACGUCACCAGACAGCAAAGACUAUGGUGCUGGAACUAGAACACAAGGUUGAAGAGCUGGACACAGCAAAUAAAACAAUAGCAGGGUCAACUAGAAAGGGUGACAAGGAGAAACAGAGACUAGAAAAGGCUCUUAAAGAAGCCAAUACGUCCCACUUGGAAACCAAGAAACAUAACUUAGAGCUGGAGAAGAAGUUACAGGAAGCUGAAAAACACCUGGGAGAAGCCAAGAAAAGGGAGCAACUGGCCAAGAAAGAUGUCAAGUCUGCUAGAGAGAAUCUCAAAACAGCAGAAGAGCAGGUAGCUGCAAAUGAAAAGUCUAUAAAAGGCUUAGAUAAUCAUGUUGCUGAGCUGAAAGAAUCCGAAGGGAGUCUCAAGAAGCUGCUGGCCUCAGCCCAAGAACAGGCUGAUAAACUAACAAGCCUCGUGACUGAAAGAGAAAGUGCAAUCAAGGAGUUAAGAGAGGGUGUCGCUUCCAAGGAGGCUGCUGUGAGAGAGAAGGAGGCAGAAGUUGGCUCCUUAUCUCAGAAGCUUGAUGAGAUGAAAAAGCUGCACCAGCAGGAUGAGAACACAUGCAGCAGCCGCCAGGAGGAAAUAUCACAGCUGAAGACUCAACUGUCCGAGGUCAACAAGCAGCUGCAAGAGAAGGACGCUUCAGAGAAAGAGAUGAAAAGCCAGGUUGCCAUGUUGUGGAAUCAGACCCAGGCAGACAAGAGUGCCCUACACGAGGCAGAGAGUGCCUCCAGGCAGAUGGAGACCCAGGUCGAGGGACUGAAGCUACAGCUAAAGGAGAAGGAAGACCGUGCUGCCAUGUUGGAGAAGGAUCUUGAAAUUGUAAGAUCUACUGUCAGUGACUACAAAGCAGUCAGGGAAGAUCUAGAGAAGACACGGUCCCGGGAGGUAGACAUAAGAGCCACCUUGCAAUCUAUGACUGCACAGCAGGAAGAGAGAAAUAGCACAAUCGACAGGCUGGAGGAUACCUUAAACAACCUGAAGCAGGAACUGAAGGAAAAGGUGGAUCAAGCCAAGCUGGCUCAGGAGGAACAACAAGCUGCAAAGAAGGAGAAAGAAGAUGCAGCCAAGAAAGUAGAAGAGGUGGAAGCUCUCCUGGAGGCAAAGGAAAAGCGGCUGAAAGCCAAGUCUGCCACAAUCAAAGAACUUAUGGAGAAGGCUGACCAGGAGAGGAGGAAGGCUGAGGACGAGAGGCAGAGAUAUGAGAUUGCUUUCACAGAUGUGCAGGGUAAUGAGACAGUGAUUUCGACCCUGAAACAGGCCCUAGAGGAGCAAGAGGCUACCAUGGCAACCCAGGACAAGGUGUUAGAGAGCAAACAGGAGGAGAUCCAGACAUUUGCAGAUGAACUGGAAGACCUGCAAAAGAAAUACUCUGAGUUGUUGGAGUCAUCUGACGUGAACAAGAGGGAGCUGAAGAGAACCGUCAGUAACCUGGAGCACCUGAAGGUAAACUAUGAGCAGGCUGACACUGACAGGAAGGCAGCUCAGGAGGAACUGUGCAGUGUGAAGGAGGAGAAGGAUGGACUGCUGGAACAGUUGAAGUCACUGUCUGAAAGAGUCCAAGAACUUGAGCGAACACUCCAUUCUACAAAGGGUGAGGAGGGGGCACUUCAGAAUGAGAAAGAUCGUCUAGAAGUGGCUCUUACUGACAGCAAAAAGGAAGUGGAGUCCCUUGAGCAGUGGCUGUCAGAGACAAAAAAGGAGUUGGAACAACUGAAAAAUGAGCUUGAGCAGGGAGAAAAGAACAACACUGACACGGAAGCCCUGGAGGACACAGUAAGGCAGCUGAAACAGGAACUGGAGACAGUUCAGCAGCAGAAGGAGGAAGAGCUGGCCCAGUGGAGGAGUGAGAGGGACAAGCUGGUUUCUGAGCUGGAGAAACAACUCAUGGCACUUGUAGCCAGGGAAAAGGCCACACAGGAGUCCCUGAAAGAUGCAGAAGAAGAAAUCACGACAUUGAAGACUGAGAAGGAAGCGACCCAGGUGUCUGACGACCGUCUCACGGCCCUGCAGAGCCAGCUGGACGAGUGUUACGCCACCAUUUCUCACCUGGAGGAGAAACUGAAGCAGCAGACCGGCGGCCCCGCUACCCGUCGCGGCAGGCGCACCACCCGCUCCGCCAUGAUCAGUGAGGACCAGCUGCGCAGGGAGCUCGACACCUGUCGCAAACAGCUUGUAGAGGAGCAGCGUGCCAAGGAGAAGGUGUCUGAUAACCUAGAUAAGGCUGUCAGGGCAAAGGACAAGAUCAUUGAUGAGCUGAAGCAGUCCAACCAGGACCUGCAGAGGGAACUCUGGGCACAGUCGGAGGAGGGUAGUCGCCAUGAGAGCAGCAGCAGCAGCACCAGCAUCAAACAGGAGGAGGAGGAGGAGGUAGAACCUGCUGAGGAGGCUACAGAGGAAGGAGACGGGCCGAUCGUGUUUGAUGAGAGCGAGAUAGUUGACGAGGAGGGGAACAAGAAGCGACGCUUCCCGUCUGUCCAUCUGGAGAUGGAUGUCACACCUGUGGUCACAAAGCGCAAGACUAAAACCACAAAAGCUGCAGGGAGUCGUAGGGGAAGGAAGAGGAAGAGUGAAGAGCUGGUGGAGAAUGAAGACCCCAAGGUCGACACCCCUGCCACAAGGACCCGCAGUAGGAAGAAAGUCCCCAAGACGUCUGUGAAACAGGAACCUGUAUCACCAAGUCCUUCAGAGGUGCAUGUACCAGAAACUCCAGAGGACCAGUUGCCACUCAGCUCACUCCGUGGGGGCAAGAGAACAGCCCUCUCCAGGAUUGGUGACUAUGUCAGCAACUCGCCUGUGGCAAAGUCAGCUAAGAAGAUGAUGGAGGCUGCAGUGGGAAUGGCGUCUCCAACCAAAUCACCGGUUUCCGAAUCUCCUCCCAGGCCGGUGGAGAAAAAGAAACGUAGGAAACUUUACAAGACGGACAUCUCUGCACCAUUCGAGUGUCCUCCCCAUCAAAUGAUGUCAACUGGGAUCAAUGAGCCAGCAGAGGAUGCACACUCCAUUGUGACUAGGAGAUUGAGAACAAGAGCUCACAAGAAAUAAUUCCAACAUAUGGGACAGGGUAGUGAUGUGAUUAUAUCACAUAUCGUGGUAUUCAAGAUAUGAAGAUAUUUUCUACAGAUGUGUAUAUAUUUAAUGGCACUAUUAUAAGCAUAGAGAUUUGGUAUGUAAGGAUAAAGACAGGGCUUCCUGCAUAUUCUUAAAAGGGUUUUCAAGUGAACAUUUUGCCACGAAAUGUACCUUGAUAUUAAAGUACAUGUACUGGUAGAGAUAUAACAUUUAAGAACACAAGUGUUUUUCAGCAGAAAUCCACUGUGAAACUUAAUAACAUGCAAAUGAAUCUGCCACUUCGUUUUAGAGGACAUUAAUAACAAAGUAAAGAUAUCUUCUUAGUCUGCUCAAAUGAUUUUCAUCUGUCACUUCCAUAAUUCCUUGCUUUAAUUGCUUCCAUUUCUGAAGAUGGUGCUUGAUUUUGAUGACUCAAGUUUUUACUUUUUCAAAUAAUGCUUACUUAGUUUUAUGUACUUUAACUGUCCACUUUUAGAUACUUUAAGAAAUAAAGGUACCAUGCAACAAA